AUGUCCAACGCAGUCAACACAAUCUACUUUGACCUCACAGCCAUCCGUCAAGCCAUUGAUGUUGACUACAAUCCGAUGUCUGUCAACUUCGCAGUCUUUGAGAGGGACAUCAAAGUCCUCGAAGACUUCUCCUACCUGUGUUCAAGAACUUUGCACGUGCUGGUCCAGCUGAUGGGGCUUCUCCAGCCCCUCAUCCACAACUACUCGGCGGACUGGGACAAUUUGUUCCUCAAGUUGGACAACCACACGUCCGCCAUGAACCAGGCAAUGAACUUGCUCGUGGAUGGUCCUCGCAGGAUGCCAGUUGCCGGGGAGGAGGCAGCUGGCGAGCUUAUGCUCACCCUCUCUGAGGAACAGCGCAUCCAUGUCAAGGGCAAGGAGGAUGACCCCACUGCUAUGUGGGACGCUCUCCAGGCUGUCCAUCAGCAGAAGAUCCCUGGCACUCGCUUCAACGCUUUCGACGACUUCUUCGCCCUCAGGAAGCGUCCUGAGGAGUCCCUCAGCUCCCUCAUUGCUAGGGUGGACACUCUAUGCCAGGAUCAAGGACCUUCGCCCUCCUGCCUACACUCUGGACUCUCUGGACCAGGAUCCACUCUGGACAAGGAUGCUGUGGUGCAAGCGUUCAUCCAGGAGGAGAACAACAGGACUCGACGCUCUACAGCGCCUGUGGCCUCCUCAGAGGCUGUCCUCGCCGUCUCGGCGCCCUCUUCUGGCUCUGCCCCUUCCCUCGACCACUGCACCUGCACUGGGGAGCUCCUCUGCUCGUUCUGUGAGAAGCCCCACCACUGCUUCCACAAGUGCUUCGCCCUUCGACGCGCUAAGAACGAGCUCAAGGCCCAGUCGAGCUCUAGGAAGCCUGACAACCAGUCUGGUCGCUCUCAGCGCGCCAACCAAGCCCAGGCUGCUCCCAGCGCUCCUGGCACUUCCUCCACUGCUCCUGUCCCUCCCUCGGCCUCUCAGGCCGUUGUGGAGUAUGCUGGCAAUGCAAGUCUUUGCUCUUCUCCUUCCCCCACCAGUCCCACCUGUCCUCUCCAGCUCGAUGCAGAUGCUGACUGGAUUGCAGACACAGGCGCCACUUCUCAUAUGACCCCUCAUCGUCACUGGCUACGCUCCUACACACCCAUGCGCAUGCCACUUCGCCUUGCUGACCACACUGUGUGUGGGGUCUGUGGUGGUCUGUCCUAG